ACAAAUCCAAAUUUGUGAAUUAUCCAUUCCAACAUCCCCCUAUCUUCUCUAUCCCUUAUUAACCAAAACCCCCCCUCUUCAUAUUAACCCCUUCAAAAUUCACAAAAAUCAACAAAAAAACAUGAUUAUAAACCUCUCCUCUUCUCCUUCUUCUUGUUCUCUCUCCCUCUCACAAUUAAUUAAUUCCAAAUCACACAUUUCUAAGUUCCAUCUUAGGUCCAAAACUCACUUCUCAAAAUCCUUAUCAUCUUCUUCAGAAAAACUCAUUUUUCAUUCCAAGAAUCAAUUUUUACAUGACAAGAAUAUAUACCCACUUAGCAGAAGAAAAAGGUUUAAAACUUGGGCCAUUCCUGGGCUUGAUUUUAGUGGAUUUGAGAGUGCACAGUCAGUAUUAGAAGCAGUUAGUGUAUUGACAGCUAUUAUUGUAGUACAUGAAAGUGGUCACUUUCUUGCUGCUUAUCUCCAAGGUAUUCAUGUAAGUAAAUUUGCUGUUGGGUUUGGUCCAAUCUUAGCUAAAUUCAAUGCCAAAAAUGUUGAAUAUUCACUUAGAGCAUUUCCUCUUGGUGGGUUUGUGGGGUUUCCUGAUAAUGAUCCUGAUAGUGAUAUUCCCCCUGAUGACAAAAAUUUGCUCAAAAAUAGACCUAUAUUUGAUAGGGUGGUAGUUAUUUCAGCUGGUGUAAUAGCUAAUAUAAUCUUUGCUUAUGUUAUAAUAUUUACACAAGUGUUGUUAGUUGGAUUGCCUGUUCAAGAAUCUUUCCCUGGAGUUCUUGUCCCUGAUGUUAGGCCUUUUUCAGCUGCAUCUAGAGAUGGAUUACUUCCUGGUGAUGUAAUUUUAGGCUUAAAUGGAAUUGAAUUAGGGAAAAGUGGACCUAAUUUGGUUUCUGAGGUUGUUGAUGUCAUUAAGAAAAAUCCAAAGAGAAAUGUGUUGUUGAAAAUAGGGAGAAGAGAAGGGAAUGUUGAUGUUAGAGUUACACCUGAUGAGAAUUCGGAUGGUACGGGUAGGAUUGGAGUUCAACUGUCACCAAAUUUCAAGAUUUCGAAAGUUCAGCCGAAGAAUAUAUUUGAGGCUUUUAGCUUCUCAGGAAGAGAAUUUUGGGGUCUUACGUACAAUGUUUUGGACAGUUUGAAACAGACUUUUAUGAACUUCUCACAAACGGCUAGUAAGGUAUCGGGCCCUGUUGCCAUUAUAGCUGUUGGUGCUGAAGUUGCAAAAUCAAACAUUGACGGCCUUUAUCAAUUUGCAGCUGUUUUGAAUAUCAACCUCGCGGUUAUAAAUCUCCUUCCUUUGCCUGCUUUGGAUGGGGGUUCUUUAGCCUUGAUUCUUGUAGAAGCAGCUCGAGGUGGAAAAAAGCUUCCUUUAGAAGUAGAGCAACGGAUUAUGUCAUCUGGAAUCAUGUUUGUGCUCAUUAUUGGACUGUUCCUUCUAGUCCGUGAUACUCUAAACCUUGAUUUUAUCAGGGAUUUGUUAUAAUCAGUUGUGUAUAAGUUCAUAAUCCGGAAGAGUUGAUAUGGAGAAUAUCACAGACGACUAUUAAGAACAGUAAGCAACUAGUGGUUCAAGGAGAUCAUUUUUACCCAUGAUUACUGAACAUCAGUCCUCCUUCCAAGACAAACUUUGCGCGGUACUUGGCUUCUCCUUGGUUUCAAUUUAUUGCAGAUAUGUGGAUAUUCCUGAAUUCCCCCACAUUAUCCUCAGUUGUGUUGGUAUCACUGGAUCAAAAGACAAACACCUUGCUUGCUUCACUAUCCAAUGUAUAUGGAAAUUUAUACAAGUACAAUGUGUUACUUUCAUAUUCUUGUUAUUGCUGAGGAAACUGGGGAAAGAAGGGAAGGAACUGUAAUAGAACAUGGCGAACUGAUGGUAAAAUUUGGUUAUAGUGUGAACUUACAGGUUUCCCUUUUGCCUAAAGAACUAUAUUAACAUUUUGUUCACUCCAUUCUUAAAAAUCUAUGUUGUGGUCUUUUUGUUUCUUUGAGGGUUGAAGGAGAGCUUUGGAGUAACGAUAAAGUUGUCUCUGUGUGAGAUAUAAGUCAUGGGUUUGAGCCGUAAUGCUUGCAUCAGGGUAGGUACAUCACAUCCCCUUGGGUGCGGCUUGGGUGCGGCCCUUCCCUGGACCUUGCAUGAACGUGAGAUGCUUCGUGCACUUGGCUGCCCUUUUACUGCAGAAUUCUCUUUACUCGUACUGCCAAGACUCAAUAGGUCUAUUUCUUAAAUACAUGAAAUCAGAAAAAGUUGAAAGUGCAUACACGAGGAAAUUUUGCGUACACAAAUUGAGCUUGGCUCUCCUGUUUUUCUUUCCAUGAAUUGUGUAGUGAAGCAUUGUGUAGUUCGGUCAUAUUUAUUUCAUAAUUAAGAGUAGUCAUUAUGCUCCUCUAGUAGUCAUUUAAGAGUGUUGUUAGCUGGAAACAAAGUUUCUACUGCAGUUCGGUCAUAUUUAUUUCAUAAUUUAGAAACAAUCAAGAAGUUGUACUUUGAUGUUGUAUGUACUCUGAUGUAUAUUUGAAUAAGAUGACUAAUGUUUUGGAGUUC